AUGCUGGUACAUUCAUUCACUCCUCGUGAUAGCGUCUGGCCACUUUCUGCUUCCAGUGCGAACAGCACAAACGUUAUUCAUAAUUGCUCCUUUAAAAGACUUCCAAAAGUCAUUGUAAGCACUGACUUUAUGAUUAUGAAGGAGAAUAAAGCAAAGUUAUCAGUGAGGAAAUGUAGGGCAACAACAUCCUUAAGUUCUCCUGUUGUACCGAAGAUGUAUAAUAAAACGAGAAAAAUGGUAAAAAAUGUGUUUGCGCAGGAUUUAAAAUCACCUGUAGUGUGCUUUGCGAAUAACAUUGCACCACUAAAUUAUGGUUUACUUUUGGCAACAGGCGUCGCAAACUUUAGUAAUAGCUAUAUGGUAAAAGCUCACUGCAUGAAUGAUUGGUUGAAAAGUUGGAUAAAUAAGAAAUUAAAGGGAACUAAUGGUGUUUUUGUGUCUAAAACCUUAAACAUCUUAAAUAAUAUCUCAACUGAUGUUUUAUCCAUAUGCAUAUCAAAAUCAAUAGUAGUAAUGGCAACUAAACAGAGAAUACUACCAAAUAGCUUUUCAUGGUUGCAUCAGUCUGACUAUCUGGAAGACGCAAUUAGUUUAAACUAA